AUGGCCGACUUAUCUAUUGCGGAUGAUGAUGAUAUCUUAGGAAUGUUUUUUGAUGAGGAAUUUGUUCCUCACGCAUUUGUUGAUAUACUUUUAACAAAUGCACUUGACGAAGAUGAAAUCCAAACGCAAUCCAUAUCGUCAUCGCUAUUGACCAGGCUGGACUUCUACACAAAAAACCUUACAAAGGAAUUGGAGAAUACUAUAUGGAAUUUGGAUAAAUUGUCUCAAACACUACCGAUGGCAUGGGCACCUUCUAGAUCCAGGGAAGAAUUAGACAAAGAUGAUUCAUCAGUAUAUUCGACUGAAUCGUUAAGGUCAUCUAAGCUGGAGUACUAUCUGGAUACCUUGGGAAGUGCCGUAAGAGCAUUGGAAACAGGAAUGAAGAAUGUGACGCAAAAGGUAAAUGAGAUAGAUCAACAAAAAGAUGAAAACACUAAUGUUAGAAAACAACUGCAAAAUUUAGUGCUAAUUAAAGAAAGAAUUGAGAAGACAAUAUAUUAUUUAGAACAAAUCAAGACCGUUACGAAUAUUUCGACAACAAAAGAAAGUGGAAACACUGCUACCAUGGGUAGCGACAUUUCAAUAAGCGACUUCAGGACAUCUCUGAAGACUCUAGAGAAUACGAUUGAUGAAUCGCUAGCUUUAACGUCUGGAAAUGAAGCCAAAAACCAAAAAAAUUCCGAUUUGAUAGAAAAAAUUGACUCACUUUUCGAACUGAAGACCUUGUUUAAAGGUCUUGAUAAGUUCUUUGCUGAAUACGUCACCUUUUCAGAGAGUAUAAAAUCAAAAGCACAAAGUUAUUUAUCAACCAAGGAUAUUGACGAAGAGCUAAUUUCUUGA